UCCUAAAGUUCAUCGUUCACGAGUAUCUCUACGUCGCGCUCAGUUCGCGACCGGCCGCGCGCGCACGCACACAACUCUCGCACUUUCAAUUUCAAAUUUAGAACCGGCGUUCGUUACAAUACGUUCCGAUUUCAAAUUCGACAAACGGAUAAUGAUUUUAACUAUGAGGCUGUUGUGGGUGGCGGCCGCCCUGUUGCUGUGGACUCCGCACGCGCAAGCCAGGAAUGUCACACACGAAGACAUCCGCGACGCCAUGCUGUCGCUAGUCCACAUGUUCCGCACGUCAGAAGACAAGCUGGAGAGACACGAGUACCGCGAGAAAGCGCUGGGAGAACAGCUCAAGAAGAUGCUAGGGGUGCUGGAUAAGAAGCACCGCGCCUUGGAGCCGCUUAAAGGAAUGAUAUCGCGGUUGGAUGAGAGACUGUCCAAUGUGGAAACGAUACUGUUGCAGUCUUUUCAGAAAGAGCAACGCGAAAAAACAACACAGAAGGCGACCGAGGAAGCACUAGAUGGCAUCCAGAAGAGUCUGCAGUCUCUAACCGCGAGCGUGGGGAAGAAACCAGCGGAGUUGGACAAUAAUCUGACCACUGAUGAGGACCCGGUCGGGCGCCGCCUCGAUGCCACGGACCUGAAGUUAGAUGCUGUUAAGAAGGAGAUUGAGAAUUUGAAAAAUGCUCUCAGUAAGGACAACCUCCGCUCCAUGUGCCUUGACGCAGCACUCGACGGCGGCCACCCGUUCAACAAGCACAUGUCGGACGCCGAGAAACUCCUCAACAAGUACGAGUUGAAGCUGAGCGAGUACAACGGGACCCGCGUGCAAACUGACUUCGUGCCCCUCAGUGAGGUCUCGCUAGCCGACGAGGCUUGGCACAGCAAGAUGACCGAAGUCAUGGAACGCCAAGAGAAGGAAGUGAAGAAGAUUCAACAACUCCUCGGCGACGCUGAAAGCAUGUGGAAGGACCUGCCUCGGCUGGCUGACCUGCGGUGGUCGACCAACCUGACGCUGGACGCCGUCGCUGCUGCCAGAGCUGGUCUCACGGAGAACAACGAGCAGGGCAUAUCUAAAGUCGUAACCAAGCUCCGGGAGUUGAGCGACCGCCUCACGAGGACCAACGAGGACAUCCAGCAGAGCUUGACGCAAGGGAACACGCUGAGCGAGCGAGCGCUUACGGAUAUUUCUAGGAACUACAUCGCUCUUCAUGCUGAGGUUCAAGCAUUGGCAAAGGACGAGCACGUGAUGCAAUCGACGGCAGACAACGUACUGGCAACGAAGAAGCGCAUCGAGUACGGCGUCCACCAGAUCCUGGUUGAAGUGGGAGAGCUGGUCCGCGCGCAGGGCUCACGGCUGAACAAAUCUGUUAGCGACAGAUUUGACAGCAUAGAGCUGAAGAUGAUCGAGAACCAUGCAGCAGCCCUGAGUAACACCAGCGCCAAGAUAGAAUCGGAAAUGUCGCAAGUGUGGCGGCAGAUCGGCGUCAUGUACCAGCAGAUGACCGCCAACCAGCGGUCGUUGGAUAAACUCACUGAGCAGACCGACCAGUAUGUAAAUACUACCGCCACGACAUUGGACGGCAUGAAAGGAAAGGUGAGCACAAUCACGACGCGGAUGACAGAAGUGAACGAUAACCUGAAUUACCUGCUGGGGAGGUUAUCCCUGGUCACCCAGGAGUUCGGGCAGAUCAAGACGGGGCUCGGAGACGCGCUCGACAAGCUCAAGGACAGUAUGGACACGGUGCAGACUAAAGUUAAGCUUGAAGACGCCGGCCCCGGACCCCACAACAUCACCAGCGCGGAGAUGGCGCCGUGAGCACCGAAGAUGCCAAAUAUAUAGUGUAGUGUAGCCUUAACAACAACUAACCCAAUGUAAAGGUGCUCUUAUACCUGCCAGAACCCAGUUUUAAAAGCUACAAGUUUACGGGCGUUUGACACACGUAUGAUGAGCGGCAUUUUGGUCAGUUUUGCCAUUUUACACCUGUAAAAUUGUAACUUGUAGGUUUAUAAAAUGCGCCCCAGGAAUAGUAAUAUAACCUGUAAUACAAGCGGAAGUCUCUUUCUAACAAAUAGAGAUGAAAAGAAACUUCGCUGUGUAUGUGAUGUUGUGAAGCAUUUAUAAAACUGUAAAGCACCUUGGAGAUGUUUACAUUAGGCUGACAGUAGGCAAGCAGCCGGCUGUUAGUGAUUACGCAGCGUACUACGUAGGCGAACAAAACGCGAACGCGAAGCCAAGCGAUGCGGCGCGGGGUGAAUCAAUCCUUUGAUACCUAUAGAAGGUUCUACGUGGGCGAUCUCGUUGCGAACGCGAACGCCUUGGGCCCGCCGCGUCUCGUCGCGUUCGCGAGUUGUUCGCUUACAUAAGACGCAGCGUUAGAUACUGUUGGGACAUGUGGCCUAAUGUAAACAUGCCGCAAUACGACUGAAUUUAACUUAGCAAUAAAUAAAACUCAUGUUUUAACUUUUGCAAAUAUUUAAUCUCUUUCAUAAUUGUGGAUCUAUAUAUUUAUAUUGUACAAGUAAUAUGAUACAAUUACAUUUGAUUGCGACAGAAUUCUGACGUCACUGAGUGAGCACGAUACCAGCAAGUAGUGACCGAUCGCUGUACAAUCAUACAAUAUUGAUAUAAUAAUUGAUCUUAAAUAAUAUACACACAAAUUAUUUGUCUCCCUU